UUGGAGCAACUGGAGGAAAACGGCUCGCUCUCUCGCCAAAACUCGCAAGAAAACAACGUGAGAUCACUCGGAUGCACUUCGGGAAACAACGACUUAGGGAUUCAAAUCCGAGCUGGACAUCCGAUAAGAGCCGUAUCGAUCUAUUUAGGCGAACCGAUUGAUUAGGGACUGUGUGUGUUUUCGUUCGCAAAGCCAAACACACACACACAGUCACAGGUUGCUAGCGGAGUUAACGCUAACCUAGCUAGCCAAGUUAGCUAGCUGCGGUUAGCUGUGCUUUCCCUUUACCCGGGACUUCAAGCAGCCGGGCUGAACUUAAAAAAAAGCUCUCAGACAUUUUCCAGACAGCCUGCUCCAUGGUUCAGUCAUGAUGUGGUGUUUUCUCGGACGUUUAUCGAGUUGGCCGGCCGGUAGCAUCGGCUGACGAGCGUCGGAGAGCGGCGGUUCCCCUCGACCUGGAUUUUACUCCCGUGUGUGUUUUUCCUUCUUUUCCACUGCUGCUUUUGGCUGUUUCUGCAAAAGGUGGACUUUGCCCUCAGGGUGUUGUAACUCUCCCUCCCAAUUAAAUUAAAAAAGGCCUCCAUUGAUUCUUCUCUCGGAGUAAUUUGAAGACUUGGCUGGAAGCUUUUUUUUUGGAGGUAAAAAGUUUGCGUGUUGGGAAGUUGAGGAGGAUUUUUCCGAGCCUGUGGAAAAAUGGAUGCGGGUAUAGAGAAGGAAUGCAGCGCCUUGGGAGGGCUCUUCCAGCUCAUCAUGAACGACAUGAAGGCCAGUUAUCCUACAUGGGAGGACUUUGUAACCAAAGGAGCCAAGCUCCAGUCACAGCUCAGGACGACCAUCGUGGUGACCGGAGCCUUCCUGGACGCUUUUCAGAAGGUGGCAGACAUGGCGACAGGGACCAGAGGUGCCACCAAGGACAUCGGCUCAGCGCUAACCAGGAUGUGUAUGAGACACCGCAGCAUCGAGUCCAAACUCAAACUGUUCACCACAGCUCUCUCAGAAAGUCUUAUCACGCCGCUGGAGUUGAAGAUGGAGGAGUGGAAAAAGGUGGCCAGUCAGCUUGACAAAGACCAUGCUAAAGAGUACAAGAAGGCCAGAGCAGACAUCAAGAAGAAAUCGUCAGACACCAUCAAACUGCAGAAGAAGGUGAAGAAAGGGAAGGACGAGGCUCGGGGCCAGCUGGACAGCGCGCUGCAGGACGUCAAUGUGCGCUACGCCUUCCUGGAGGAGACGGAGAAGCGGGCCGUGUGCAGAGCGCUGAUCGAGGAACGAGCGCGGUACUGCAGCUUCGUCGGCAUGCUGAAGCCUGUGCUGGACCACGAGAUCAACAUGCUGGGUGAGGUGACCCACCUGCAGACCAUUCUGGAAGACCUGACCAACCUGACAGCUGAGCCCAAUAAACUCCCAGCAGCCAGCGAGCAGGUGAUUCUGGACCUGAAAGGUUCUGAUUUCAGCUACACCUAUCAGACACCUCCAGCUUCUCCCAGCAGCACUCUGUCCAGGAAGAGCAGCGUCAGCAGUAACUACCAGUCUGGAUCAGUGAGACACGUUCCCUCUCUGGACUCCAUCAGCUGUGCUGUCGAUGGAGUACACAUCCAGGAUGCUGUUGGCUCCACCAAUCAGCUUGCUGCUGCAGGGAGCGGAGGGGCAGAGAACGGCAUGUUGGCCCCCCCACACCAUGCCUACUCGCACCAUGGAGAGAGAGCUCGAGCCAUGUCUGCAUCUGGGAAGUCAUGCUCGGCCCGGGACCAGCUGGCGUUGACGUUGGGUGCGUUGAAUUCGGACGCCCCGAGGAGCAGCAGGGACUCUCUGCACUGUUCCAGCGGCUACAGCACCCAGACCACCACCCCGUCUUGCUCUGAGGACACCAUACACACACACAUCGACUACGAGUCCAUCUCUCUCCACGGAGACGCCGACUCCAUCUCCUUACAUCACCUCUCCCACGGCAACAACCAGUCUGACUUCGACAAGUCCUCCACCAUCCCGAGGAACUCGGACCUCAGUUUCCAGUACAGAAAGUUUGCUCAGUCCAAGCGCCCCUCCUCCACCGUCAGCCUAUUGGCCGAGCCCGAAUUGACUGGCAGGUCCGUCCACCAGCUGCCGUCCCACACGGCAACCAUCAGGCGCAAACCGUCGUCCAAGCCGGCGUAUCGCAGGGGCACGAUCAGCGGGGGGGUUCCCAUCCCCAUCUGCACCCCGCAGGUUCCCCUCAAAGCCCUCGGAGGAAAUGGCGGAAGUGACGAGAAUGUUUUCACGGUGCCCUCUGCUGGAGGAGCAGGAGGUUUAGGUUACAGUAAACUCUGCACCUCCACACAGAGCCUCAGUGCCUUACCUCCCUCCUCUUCCUCCCCGUACUACCAGCUGGUCCCUGGUCAGAUGCCCAUCCCGGUGCCUGUACCCACUGUACCCUCCCUGCCGCCAGAGGGCAGCAGUGCCAAACAGCAACAGCAGAGUCACUACCAGCAACAGCUACACCUACAGCAGCAGCACCAAAUCCACCAACACCUAAAUCAUCAGCAGCAACACAGUCAACUACAGCAGCCGCAAUAUCAUCAGCAGCAGCAACUGCAGCACCAGUUUCAACAUCAGCAGCACAAGUUUCAACAUCAGCAGUCACUGCUUCAGCAACCCCAGCAAGUGCUACAUCAAGACCAGCAGCAGAAACAGGAGCUGUUCCGGCAGCAGCAGGCCCAGGCCCAGGCCCAGGCCUCUGCAUCGCAGGAAGAGCCCUCCAGUGUGGGCCACAGCGCUCACUACCAGCCCCAGGCUCCUCCACCCUCCUGCCAGGACCAGAACCCAGAGCAGUCGACCCAUAGGGAAGGAGGAGACAUGCUCUCCCAGAUCAGAGGAAUAAAGCUCAAAAGAACCCUCACCAACGAUCGCUCCGCCCCCCUCCUGCCCCCUCCGACCAAUCACAAAUGAGGCUGAACGACUGAUUGUUCUGCUUCCCUGCAGGUUGACUGUUUAGUCUGAUGGGCUCAACCCAAAGCAGACACCUGAGUGUGUCAGCACAGACCACACACAGCAAAAUCAAACGCGUAGACUUCCUGUUAGACACCGACUGUGGACUCAUUAUUCGCUGGAACUCGACGCGUGUCUUAUUUUAUUUUCUAAAACUCUGCUUCCAUUUAGGCCGUUUAGGUUUGUUAGUUUUAAACAUUUUUGUUGAGCUUUUUUUUGUCAUUUCCUUUUGCUGCAGCGACCAUCUUUUGCCUUUUUUUUUGGUAAAUGUUUGUAAAAGUGUUUGCGUGACCCAGUCUUACCCGUAGAACUGUUGAUUGUUUUAGUUAGUCCUCACCUCCUGGUCAGAUGAUCGUUAGGGGCUUGUUAAUUAGCCACACAGGAAGCUUUUAGUGUCUCAGAUCCUCUUCAGUCCUCAGUGUGUUUGAUUUGCCUUUGGCCUUGACUCCCAGAAGGGUGGGGUUUAGUGAUUAGAUGGCUGCCCGGGUCUGUAGACUGUAAAUAUGUUUGAACAAAAAGCUUUAGGAGCACGUGAAGAGGUUGGAUGUUUUGCUUAACGGCACGUUGUUAAAGGUCACUCACUUUCUUUGACCCGCAAAGAUUUGAAAGUGACGGCGAGUCACAAUUUUGAUUCCCUCGCUUUCAAGUAGCAAUAGUUUCCUGGGAUUCCAAAUGGUGCCACUGAGGGUUUGUGGGACAGGAUUAAAAACGUUACUGUGUGCGAAUGUCUGGUUUACUGUGUAAAUAACUAGCUGGUUAGUAUGAGGAACAAUACGAUGAAGAUGGUGGUUUGUUUGCAACUUUUAGAGGCGACGCUGUUGUUUUAGGAGCAGCAGAACGACAACAAUGGCUGACAUUAUUGCUGAGAACAUAGCGAACUGCGAGAAGCAGAACAGAAACGAGUAGAGUUGUGCUGCUUUUCAGCAGUUACAGGGGACACGCCGCCAUGUUGGAAGACCUGACUGAACCUCUGCUACCAAGAAAAUAAACUUUAGUCUGCGUAUACACAGUACAGGGUAAUAUGCAUGUUGAGAUGUCUGACUGCACAACAGGAAGUCACCAGGAGGAACAACGAGGACACUAGAGCCGGAUUAAUAAAUCAGAUGAUAUAUUUUGGUACAUGUUUCGACUGAUAAAUAUGUCAUUAUUUUCCAUCAGAGAGCACUGACAAAUUUUCAUUUUUACAGUGUAAAAUGUCCAGUUCAGAACAUACCUGCAGCUCUUUAUCAAAAUAUUUAUGAGAAAACUAACUUUUUUUAAACUUCCUAAAUAUCAUUACGAUAUCGACCACAGAAGUCCAAACAACACUCAAUCAAUCAAAAUUGUCUUUAUGAAUUUACAUAAUAAAUGUUCAGUUUUAUCUUUGGCAUGAGGCGACUGAUUUCCAUUAUUGCUUAAUCUGCCAAUUAUCCUCUAAAUUGAUUGUUUGGUCUAUAAAAUGUUAAAAAUUACUCCCCUCACAUGAUGCUGCAGCCAAAAGUUUAGUCUGACCAACAAUCUGAAACCAGAAGAUAGAAACUGGAUUUAUAACAUUUUUCAUGACAAAUGAAAAUUAAUUAAUUGCUGAUUAAUUUUCUGAACUGUUUCAAUUCUAGUUAUUAAAUUGACAUUUAUAUCUCUGUCACUCUUCCAACAUGGUGGUGUUUCCACCUUAACUAGAAAACUGCAGUCUCCUGCUUUAAGGUCUGUGAUUUACCCUCCAAAGACUAGAAAUCAGUGACUUUCACUGUUUAAAGAGUUCAUAUUAAAAGAACUUUCUUUCUGUGUUUACAUUCACCUCCCAGCGCUCAGGAUUUGAACUGGAAAACUCAGCAGAUCUGCUUUCUUUGAAUUAGCUGCUUACAGCCAAUCAGAGCGCAGGACUGUGAGGACUUGGUGUUUGCAUUCAACUUUUAAAUUAAACUGUAUUUAUCUGCACAGUUUGGUUGGGCUCCAGUAGCUGGUUCUAUUUUGGAUCCUGUUCCAAGCUGGUAAAAUAUUUAGGCCUGUUUUUGUUGACGUGUAAUUCACUGCUCACAUCUCAGAAAUGUAGCCAGAAAAAUAGCAACAAGCGCUGACGUGAUAGAAGCAGCUUUUUAGCUCGUUAUUAGUCAACGUAUAGAAGUGAGUCUUAAAUCAGCAUAUUUCUUUUAUCACUGUGGCUAAAAUAACCGCCUGUCUCAACCGUGAACACGAUGUCAGACUGAAUAAAGACGUAAAUGGACUUGAUAAAAGACGUGUUGCCUCUAAAAGUUGCCUGUCGAGCGUCGGCUUCAUGCGGCGAGCUGUCGGAGCGUGCUGGGACGCAGGGCCGUAGCUUCCUCUGAGGUCUGAGGGCACGUCCUCGGUUAAAGCUUUGGGGAGUUUGGGGACUUAAGAGCUGCAACUAAUGAUUGAUUUUUAUUAUCAAUUAAUCCAUUUAACAUUUGGUCUAUAAAAUAUCAGAAAUGUUUUGUCCAAAGAUAUUCAGUUUACAAAUCCUAGAAGACAAGGAAACUAGCAAACAUUUGCGUUUGAAAAGCUGGAACCAGUUGCUUUACAAACAUUUUAAAUGAUUAAAGGAUUGUAAAAAUUGUUGCUGAUUAAUUUCCUGUUUCAGCUCUACAUUUUAGAUUCUGAACACAUUUAUGCAGUUUUUUAUGGCUGUUUGUGAUAUAUUUUUAGACCAAAUAACAGACACUUAAGUAUAAAAGAAAUGUAAUACUUUCCAACAGAAUUGCAUACCGGAAGGUGUACAGAAAGAUAUAAUUUAGGAAAAUUACUUUUCUUUUUCAAAUACUCAUAAAAUUGAACAGAGUUUGGUUGGUGGCUCAUCAAACUUUCCCUCGCUCUGCUGUGGGAAUUCAUGCUCAGGACCUCAGUAUUUCUCAAAUCUUGGCUACGGCCCUGCCUGGAAGCUGCCCCGCAGAGACCAGCUGCAUGCUGGGAAAUGCAGUCCAGUCUCUGGCCAGCUGGUCCGUUCUCAGAGGAACUUUUCGGUGUAUUUAGGGAUUUCCUGCAGCUGAUUUAAGUGUUUAUAUUGUUGACGAGUCAGAGAACAGUCGAAGCUUCUGAUAUUCACUUGGUUGAUUGGCCCCACAGCAGUUGUUUGUGUAUAUAUUAGUGCUUCUAUUCCUGGGAGAGAUCUAAAUCUAUAUAUAAAAAUGUAUGUAUGCAUAUCCUGAUUGUAUUUUUGUUGAUUUAUUGAUCAGGCAAUGUGAUCAGAUCCGACAACGCCAUCGGUCGUCACUCGUCGUUAUUUUUGUAGUAAAGCUUUAAAGGAGGAAACCCAGUGAACUUCCUGAUGUUCGAGGAUCUGAAACCUGAUUGGACGUCUGACUGUCAAGAAGUGAAUGGACGACUAAACAGACGUAUGGACGACUUGAACCAGCAGAAUGUAGAAAUGUUUUGUCUUUCAUCUUUUGAUGUUCGCUGUGGGAUCAAUAAUAAUAACUGAUUCAUCAA